AUGUCGGUCAUUCUGUGCACUGCCGGCUACGACCACACGAUCAGAUUCUGGGAAGCACUCUCUGGUAUAUGCUCCCGAACUAUCCCGCACCCAGACUCCCAAGUCAACCGUCUAUGCAUAUCGCCUGACAAGCGAUAUCUCGCCGCCGCUGGCCACCACACGGUCAAGCUUUACGAUAUCAAGUCAACCAAUCCGAACGCGAUCCUCACCUUCGAUGGCCACACGUCAAAUAUCACUGGUGUCGCCUUCCACUGCGAGUCAAAGUGGCUCGUCACCUCGUCCGAAGACGGCACAGUCAAGAUCUGGGAUACGCGAUCAGGCAAUGUCCAGCGUAACUACACCCACGGUGUUCCCGUCAACGAUGUGGUUAUCCAUCCAAACCAGGGCGAACUCAUCAGCUGCGACCGUGGUGGCAACGUAAGAAUCUGGGACUUGGGAGAGAAUAAGUGUUCUCACCAGCUCAUCCCUGAGGACGAUGUGAGCGUGGCUAGUGUUACGGUUGCUAGUGAUGGCAGCAUGGUGUGUGCGGGCAACAACGCCGGCAACGUCUACGUCUGGCGCAUGAUACAGCGUAGCGAUACCACCUCCAUCCUCCCCAUCUGCAAGUUUGUCGCACAUACUACCUACAUCACCCGUGUCCUUCUUUCCCCAGACGUCCGUCACCUAGCCACCUGUUCCGCCGACCACACCGCACGCAUAUGGUCUGUUGAUCCUACUGCCCCUCACAACGUCACGCCCAACGACAACUUGCCAUCAGCUAGCGAGCGCGAUCCUGCUGCUUUCCCGUUGGAGACUACACUACACGGUCAUCAGCGCUGGGUAUGGGACUGCGCCUUCUCAGCGGACAGCGCCUACCUAGUCACCAGCUGCUCAGAUCAUUACGCGAGGCUAUGGGAACUUGGUAGCCAGAGCAUCAUUCGGCAGUACAACGGACAUCAUCGUGGUGCUGUGUGUGUUGCGCUCAACGACACGGCCGUUGGCAACUAG